UGAGCCAGCGGGCGCGAACUGGGCGACCUUGCCCGGGCCGUCGCGGCGGAUCUGAUCAGCUGUUGAGAGCGCGCGCGCACGCUCAGCCAGGCUCAGCGCACGCGGGGUGCCGCUGCCGAACCACGUGGUUUCCUUCGGUGCAAGGAAACUGGAAUGCGCCCUCUCAGCUGCCGCCGCCGCUGAAAGCGCGGCCAGUGGCCGACGCUCUCCUUUUUCUUCAGCUACCGCACCGCCUGGCAGCAGCGACGCAUCGCGCCGCGCGGCUACCCCCUCCAGGAGCCCAAGGCCUCCUUUGGAGCCGCCGCCCUUCCACCAAGACAGCCCAGCCCACCCCCACACUUCUCCACGAAACCUCUGGAAGACCGUUACCCCACCCAAGCAGAGGUCUCUAUACCAUCGACAUCCUCUUUCAAGAUACAACCUCUUUUCCGGCGCUCCCUGAGAAGAACGCUCCUGGACUACUCGCAGGUCUCCUCCGGAUAUCCUAACCGCCGGAGGGCGGAGGAGUUUCGUUUUUCUCACUGGGGCGUGGUUCCGAGCGCCGGCAGUUAUUCUUCGGCAAGUGUUGGCCGCCGAGCAGCAUCCCGUUUGCAUCUAAGUGCGCGUGCCGAUUGCGAAGAAGUGCAUUCGUUGUACGGCGGGACAGGCGUCCCUUACAAGUACAGAGCACUUGGCUUGUUCUAAUUGCCAUUGCGUCCUGCUUCGACGGUCCGCUUCCGUAGAAGCAUCAUCCUGACAGUGCGCGCCAGACUCUACUGCCGUCGUUUGGCUGAUAACCGGUGAAGCCUCCUUCGGUGGUAGAAGACAUCUUCCUCUGAGGUUGUUGAAAGUUCUCGCCGCUUGGACGCUGACGACGCCGAAGUAGGGGCUCCGCUUCACGUAGUGCUAUCUGAGUGCUAUAACUAGCUGAGUAACGUAGCACCGCAGAGGACAUCGAGGACUGAGGAUAUUCAGGGCCCAGGACCACCAGGACAGAAGGACGUCGAGACAAAGGACGUGCUCUGCUGCGACAACUGCGUGCUGGGCGUCGUGUGGUAACGCGAAAGCUGGGAUGCCAUUCGGUCUCUGAUAGCGGCGGCGCCAACGCGUCUUGCCGUCCUUCCAUGGCCGACUUCGGGAUGCUGCUUCGUGCUGCACAGGCGUGCUGGCCCGCGCUGCUGGUGGCGCUUCUGCUGAGCGCCGCCCUGCUGGACUGCGCCCCCGUAGGUGUGGCGCCGCUCUCGGAGCUCCCGCAGGACCUGCAGCAGCUGCAGCAGCAGCACUCGACUUUGCCCGUCGCCUCACGCGCCGUCGUCAGCACCGUUAGCAGCGUCAUCGCCAUCAGCACCACAACCAGCACCAAUAGCGCAGGCGCCACCACGAGGCCGCCAAGCUCCUCCUCCCCCUCGAAACCACCGGACACCGGCGGAGCCCUGGAAGGCUCGGCAUCGUCCACCUUCCACCUGUUGGACGAGUUCAUGGACUACAGUGGCAGCGGCCAGAACCUGACCGAACCUGCCGGCAUCAGCAGCAGCUACCGCCUCGGCUACACGGUGGACACCGGCGGAAGCCUACGCAAGUUCCGCUACGAAGAGCGCACGCCAGAGGGCGCCAUCGUGGGCGAGUUCGGUUUCCACAAGAACGACGGCGUCAUACGCGGCGUGCGUUACACGGCCGAGCCGGGAGUGCAUCCCAAAGUGCUCUACGAGGCCCUCGUCAAGUUCUUCUCGUUGUGAGGCCAGGACAGCGGACGGCCGCUGUCAGCGAGAGUUCCGUGAUUGAAGCCCCCCCUCCCUGCCCCCCUCCGCGAGUGUUGGGGAACCUGAUUUCACCGUAUGAGAAACGUAUGCGCAUCCCUGUGAGCUCGACGCAGUGGUCAGCUUUCACUUGACCAUGACGGAGGAGAGCGUCAGUAUUUUUUUGUUCCCCAAUCGUUGUCUGUUCUGCGAGACGAUGACAGACAACUGCUUGGUGGCAGUGCUUUGCAAGGAAAGGAAGGAACUGUGCCAUGCCUCGUCGAAUGGAACGUGCCCUGCUUGUGAAAUCCCGCAGUGGAUUUGUGAAGCGAAGUGGAGCUGAGACAACGGAGCAGACGCAAAGAAUGCAUGGAGGUUGCUUACGUGACUGUCGCCCUUGCUGUGCAAACGUACUGUUCUCGCAUUGUGUUCUCACAUGCGCACGAUGACAUUGCAGCCGACGAGCCACUGACCCAGUCUCAAGGGCUGGAAUAAUUCCCCCUCUGCUAUGUUGAAAAGCUUCACUGAGCGAAAACUACUAGCCUAUCAGUGGGCCCCGGGGUGUAGUCUGCAUUACCAUGGUUGUGAGCGACGGAUUUGUGUCAAUUCCAGCAAGACUGGAAACUAAGAGGUUCAGAAACUGAGCAAUUGGGAGGCAACUGUGCGCAUUCCCUGUCCUUCUUACAGGAGAGGAAUCGUUGAGAAAGAUGAACUUGAACGUUUCGGCUGUUUCAGUUCGCCGUUCAAUCUUGCGGAGUCAGCUGUUGGCCACAACUUGAGGCAUGAGCACGGACUUGGUUCCGCGUAACUGCAACUUGACGGAAGCGUCGUAUUGUGCAUGAACUAUAAGACCUAUAGCAGAAAGUCUUCUCACAGUUCACAAGAUGAACACCGAGAGUUUACAUUGGCGUUUGCGGCCACUAAUAAGGUUAUCUUUAUAGUGCUCCAAGUGAGAGUAAGAUUGGCAGAGCGUUGCUAUGGAUUUUAGUUUUCUAAAGAAGAGGCGGCAUUGCGCGAAAUAAUUAAGUGGCGCUGCCAUUGUGUUGAUCCUUUCUGGCACUUCUAUCGUUUGAUGAUUUGGCGUAACUCAGCCUUGCCUUCGUAAAACAACAGCAAUGGCCAGAGGCUCAUUCUGCAUAUAUUUAAGAUAUCAGGAAUGGUAAGUAACUGCGGCUCCCAUAAGCGGCCUUUAUCCGUUGACUUCAACGGAUGUUCCCGUAGCUCAAUGUUCCCCUUUUCUUUUUUUUUAAUAGUAGACGAAAGUCGGGUUCUGGACUUGAAGCGGCGCAUGGUCAAAGGUAUUCUUGAACACUGAAUUUAGUGAAACUGCUGUGUAAUGGAUUAUAGCUUAAAAUUAUCAGUGAAGAGAUACACGACUAAGGUCAAGGGCAUGAUAGUUAAGCAAGGUUAAUGCGGAGUGGGCUAUGAUAUUUUUCUCGAGCGCCCGUCCAUUGAUCGUCCAUGUUGAUCAGCUUGUUUAAGGCAUAGGCAGAAGGUUAUAUUGAUAGUGAGAUAUUUAUUCUUAUUAUAGCCUGUUUAGAAGAACGAAGUAUAAUUGAUUAAAAAAAAAGAAAAAAAAGCACCCAGUACAGGUGGCUCACGUAUAUGUAACGAAGACUUCUAUUUUUGAAGAAAAGUAUGCAUCUACGAUUUCUGAAAGAAAUAAAGGUUAUCAUGCGUACGCCUGAUUCUUU